GCACAACAUUAACCACUUAACCUUACAACACCAUCGUCAAAUCUUCAUCCAUACGGCCAGCUAUCACAGAACGUUGUUCACGGUACGAUGAUUGUCCUAGAUCUUCGAAGAAUUUCACAUAUACCUGUAAACAUCAAGAGUACUUCACACUGCCUCCUUCUACAUGCUUCUAGAAAAGGACACUCGCAUUACUAGUGACGGCAAUUAACAUUCUAGACAUCAUCUUUGCUGCAUGCAUCCUACAGUCUAUUCCCCUUUUGUUUGAUGUGAUUUUCGAACUGUACCUACCAGGCCUUACGUCGUCGACUGUUCAAAGCCAUGUUGUGUUGUGAUGGGGGAAGAAAUCCCGACAUGGAAGCUAAUUAUAUUUCCGAUGCAAGACGUGCGGGAUACCCGUCAUACUCGACCACUUUCAAUGGCCAAUAUAUUGACUGCUUCUACCUUCGAACCAUGCAUAAACAAUGUUGGGGAGUAAACCAUCUUCGUUGGGAUACUUUUGAACGACUUGAUCUGCACGCCAAAAUGCAUAAUCAUGUGAAAUAUGCAGCCAACGCCAUAUAUGGGUGCCCUCUGGCUUUGUGCAACUCAGAACCCCUUGGAAUUGAUUGCUAUUCAGCUGCCAGAAACGAUAAGACGAUGCUGUAAAGAUCUCGAACAGGAACCUUUAUUGAGCAUGGAUCUCUCAAAGCAGCGGAUCAUAGGCACAUAUAUGAUCUAUUGCUUUUCUUUCCGGUCAGACGAAUGGCGGGUGGGAUGAUAUAUCUCUUCCAAUUCUAAGUGCUAGUUAGGGCGUUCCAUCACAUAUCAAAUUCUCCGCCUCCGGAUCACCUACUAGCUAGGAUACCUUGCUGUUCCCCGUUUGCCAUGCGGAUGCCAACAUCAAAUGUGGGUACCGAGUCAACGACGAGUGUCAAUAUAGAGGUAUCAAGAAGGGAAGGUAAUAGCUGAAUAUCUUAAAUCCAAACCCUCUUCCACAUGGUAUCAUCAAGAGUCUUCUCUCAAACCUCCGCUGCUUUCAUUGCACUCUCCCAGACUAUCAUAGGCAUACAAUUGGAGGACUUCCAACAAUACUGCUGUAUCGUCUGAUGCAUACUUGCUGAAUGAGUAUCUGGAAAGUUUACAAAAACUACCUCUAUGUUCAGAGUUGAAGACAAAAAUGAAAGAAGAUCUGUAGCUCUUUUGCUAAAGCACAUUCAGUAGAGCUUGUCACAUCUUUCGCCCUGCCAUUAGUGUUGUCAUUCCCAAAAAAUAUUCAAUGAGAAAAUUUAUUCACUAUCAGUCAUAUUGUUCAUUGAUUGGAGGGAGUUUAAAGAUUGUUAUCUCCAUGAUAUGGCGAGAAAUUCAUUUUCGAGUGCUUCCUGGCAGGAUGGGGUCUCAUCUACUAGGUCUUCCUUAUCUUCAACUUCAAGCGAUUUGAUCGAUAACUUUCCCAUCACAACCACCAUUGAUAAAUACACAGAUCGAAUUCCAUGGAUCAUCAACCAUGUAUUAGAGUGUCAUCUAUCCUCCCAACUUCCUUUGAAAAUAAUGUUCUCCUUUAAUGCAGGGCAUCGGGUGCCAACAUUAAAGGAAGCACACAAAUGGUGGCAGUAUGAACCAAAAGGAACAGCUAUUAUACACUUCCUAAUCUCACUGGAAAAAUCAAAGCCAGAGAAUAAGAAAGACACAACCAAUAACUCUAGAAGUGUUACGGAGGAUGAAAUCGUCGAAGCCGAAGAUACUCAAGAGGACAAACCAAGCAAGCCCGACGAUGUCAAGGACGAAAACAUUAAAUCAACAAUUCGAAACCAUGCUGCUUAUGAUCCUUUUAUGGAUCCAUCAAAUGAAUCUCUUCUUGAUAUAAAUUUUGAAUCAGAGUUUGCAGAUGGCAGAAAAGCGAGUAGAGGACUGCCACCUGAUUUCAUCAGAAAGUGGUGUUUGGAUAAGGUAUUUACAAAGGAUGAAGACCAGGUGGAUUUUGAUCAGGCUCUCACAGGCAUUGACUAUCUCCAAGAUCUUGAAUGUCGAAGACGAGAGGCUCUUAGAGAAGUUGCCUUGCGUUUAAAAAUUGACAAGCACAAUUGGAGAAGAGUUCUGAGUGCUGAUCCUGAUGCCAAAAGAUGGGUGGAAGAUAUUCAAGCUCAAGAGACACUCAUCGAAGGCUUCUAUGCUAGUUGCUUUGUUGAUCUCCGAAUCUGGACAAUGCUUCAUGAACUCAAAGCUCAUCCCUUUUAUAAGCCGAAUGCUCUCGCCAUGCUCAAUACCUUAUAUCCACCAUGCAUUCGAGAUCUACCAAAUGAUCGCAUCGAUCGCGACAAAUUACGAAACCAUCGAGCUAAGUUCUAUAAUCUCAUCAUCCAUGUGACUCAUGAAGGUACCGGAGCUUUGAAAGAUUUCGAAACCCUUUUAAAGAACCCUGCAUGUAGGCACAAUUGGGUUGAUACUCGAGAUAACUUGAGAGACUAUAUUGAGCUAGCUAGUAAGAUGAUCGAGCAAUCUAAUGCUAUACACGACAUCAUGUUCUUCAAGAGAAGCGCUGCAGUUGCAUACAGUAUACGAUCUACACGCUCUAGAAGCACAACCGCAUCCUCAUCUACAUCAGCUCGCACUGAACGCCAAAGUGACCAGAACGAACAAUCAGUCACAUCAAAGAAUACUGCUUUCGAUUCAGAAAAGCCAGCCUCCCUGUAUCGUCCACAGAGCACAAGAGACGGAAUGAACAGCAGGAAAGAUACAUCAAGCUCAGCUACCUCAAACUCAACAAACGAAUCUCAAAAGUCUGACAGGUCUGAGGCAAAAGUACACAGCCGAAAACGGUUGGCAUCUCCAAAACGCCAACAUGAGUACCGUCAGGAAUAUCACACCAUACCAAUGAAUGCACCAAGAACGCCCUGCUCAGUAGUUAUAACUCCUAAUAUUCCGAAUGGGCAGAGUUUCUCAAGCUCAAGGUCAUCAAAUGGAGAUGGGAGAGAAUCGGUGCACAAACAGCAAUCGAGACUUCGAGUAAACACUCGGUUCACAGAACAACUCUCUGAAGCGGCGCAUCAUAGCAGCUUUCAAUCUUGGGUUCCAUUAAAAGAUCAACCAAAAAUGUCGACGCUCCAUAUGACAUCGUAUCCUGAUCCGUGGUCCAGGGGUCCUCCUAAUCCAAAGUAUCAGCUUCGAUCACAAAGGGUAUCUGAAGAUGAGAAACUUCUGCGAGUUUUGUGUCGUCCAGAAGCCCCAAUGGAAAGAAGAGCAUCUUUUCCAAAUGGAGUUCCAAGUUCAUCUUCACGAGCAAGGACUUCGAGUGCUGCUUCCACAAAAGUAAAAUCUCGCAGAAUGUACAAAGAUAGCGGCGCGACUUCAUUUGAAACUUUGCGGGCUGGCUCUUCAACACACAUUUCGCAACAAGGCUCUUCGAUUGGAAUCAAUCCAAUGAAACAAAUUGAGCAUGUCUUGAAGAAUAAUUCAGAUGCAAUCAAAGCUUACCAAGCCUUGGAUUUACGAGAGUUGCCCGGAUAUCCUUCAGCUCCGAAGGCAUUUAUUUCAGAAAGCACCCAAAGGCCUCAGCUUCAUAAACAGAAACCGUGCGGCACUUCCGGUGGUCUCAGGGGCCGGGCCUUGAGUGGCUCGCCUCCAAUGGCUGUUUCUCCACUGAUUUCGCAGCAGGUUACCCCAGUCAUAGGCGCAUCUCGGAAACUUCAACUGCGUAAAACACCAUUGCGCGAUUUCACUACAGAUUUGGAGUUAGAAAUACACCCUGCCAACCGUGAACAUACUUUUCCUCUACCUCAAACCACUUCAGCAAUCACGGCUCCUAGGAUUAAGCUUCGUAAAAGGCCGCUACCUGGUGCUACCGAUGCGGAGACGCAAAACCCAAGUUCACUCUCUUCAGUCCCAAAAUCGCCGCUAUCAUUGAGACAGGAAAGUCCUAUUACACCAACUCCUGGAAUUCAACUUCGUAGAACUGCAUUGCAUAAUUCUUCCGUUGAAACUCAAACACAAAAUACAUCACUUUCUGGUACAAAAUCUCCUAAACAGUCAACAUUGAAUCCCGAUACUCCACCUCCACGUAUGGAAACUCAACAAAAGCCCGAGAAACUCACAGAGAUGAGGCCUAAUAAAGAUCUCCAGGGCACAACUAUAUCAGAUCGUGCGACCAAGAACAUGAGUUUCGUUACGGGGGAAAAUUUGAUAAAUUCAGUUGUUGGAAAUAUUUCGCUACCACAAAUGUCUCGCACUGCCGAUCUUUCAUUCUUGGCUAGUCCAUAUGAGCCUUGUGCAGUGUUUCAACCCAGAUUAAGGAAGAAGAGUAGUCUGGCUACCAUCAUCUGUAGGAAAUCGUUUGAGAGUUUAAAGUCUGUCAGAUUUGAAGACAGCGAGAUAUGCCAUGAAAACACAAGUCCGAAAACUCCGAGAAAAUCAUCCGAAUGUUCAAAGACCCCAAGGAAAUCAUCUGAAAGUUCUAAAUCCUCUGAUAACAAAUGCGGUGAUAAUGCACUUGGUAUUUCGAUACCGAAUACACAUUCAACUACUGCUUUUUCUCAUUCAUACCCUGUUACUCCGAAAGAUUCUUGCGUUGAUUUUCCAACACCACCAUUGCCUACACAGAUACUGAAGAAGCAGAAGAGUCUGGGUGUAUUUCCUCGUAGAAGAAAAGAGCUACCAGAAGAUGCCGUGGAUCUUCCAAAACGAGCAAUAUUGAAGAAGCAAAAGAGCUUGAGCUUAUUUCCUCGUAGAGGUGGCGGAAAAGAGAAAGAUAAAUCUACAAAAUCGGCUCCGAUAUCUAAAUCUCAAGAUAUGGGAGGCAUAUUUGAUGGUUCACAGCAAAAUUGCACGGCAUAUUCGGCCCAUACAGCCACUGCUUGUAGAGAGCCAUACAGAUUUCCUGUCCCGCCUAAUAGACUUCUUAUUAAUCAGGAUGACGACUCGCAAUCACUCUACUUUCCGGCUGAAGCUGCCAAAACCCCAACCAUAAAAGAAUUUACCAUAGAAGCGAAGCCAGUGGUCCGAGUUAACACAGCUGGAAAGUCUUCCGCAAUAUCAAAUCCAAGUCCUAUCUCUCCCGCAAACAAAGUUUACGGAUUUAUUCCCCCACCUCUCAAAAAGCAAAUGAGUUUUGGCGGCUGGGAAACUGAUCUCGAUAUUGCAUUGGAACAUGAACAUCAUCUCAAGCUCGAACAUGCAAAGGCUCAAAUCCCAUCUCAACAAUUGAUGAAACAAAGAGUUCCUUCUGUUGAUACGAUUUCGUCUAAUGAGUCCAAUGAGUCUAAUCCCUUGCAACUCAAAAAAACAACAUCAAAGCUAUCAAAGGCAGCAUCGUUUGCGGAUGAUGACGAACAGAUCUUACAAGCUCCCAUGACACCAAGCUCUGGGAAAUUAGGAAAGCUUUUUAUGAAUGCGGGAGCGAAUAUUAGUGCGAUAUUUGUAGGAAAGAACGCCACGGCUCCUAAUUUGCACGAUCUGCAGGGCAAAUUGCCUAAAGUACCCGUUUCUAUACUUUCUAAGAAAGAGGGGAAGGAGAAAUCCGUAUCUGGCAAGUCGAAAGAUGGGACGAUUGGUAGGCAACAAAGAACUGGUGCUUUAGCCACUCUCCUCAGCAGUAUUAAUCCCUCCCGCAUAUUUAGCAAACGCUCUCACCACAAAAAUUCUCUAUCUCAUAAACACAAAUUAGUUAGCUAUCGUCGGCGCGAACAGCUUCUUCGAAAGCAUUUUAGACUUAAAUCGCACACACUGCAGCGAUAUAAAAAACAAAUGGUACUAGAAGAUAGUCAGGGAAUAUUGUAUGCGGAAGGAAUCAAAUGGUUAGAUAGAUAUAAACCAUUUGUUCGAGAAAGCCCAGAAGUUUACAGGAGGAAAGAAUGGAUGAGGUCUUGGCUACUGGAAGGUGCAAGGGCAGAGAAAGAAGGGCUGGGGACAGUGCUCGGAGCGCCAUUUUUGAGGGAUGCGAGUGUGAGGGUGGGUGUUAAGAGGAGAGGAAGAGAUACACGGAGGAGAGUGUUUGAGGGGUUUGUGGCAAGGGAUGUGAGAGGUGUGAGGGGAAGGAGGGAUCAGGAGAGCGGGGUGGAGAGGAUAUUGGAGAAAAUUGAUUGGAGGAAGGAAGGAUGGUUUGAGGAACCGAGGGCUAGGAGGAUGAGAACUAGGGAGAGGGGUGAGGAUGGAGAAGAGGUGAAAAAGGGAGGUAGGAGAAAGCAUGUUAUGAUUAGUACGGAGAAAUACGAUCGGUAUUGACGGGAUUGAAUGGAAUGGAAUGGGGUAGAAAUAGGAGAUUAGUUGGCUAUGGAUUGGAAAUUAGGAUAAGGAACGGAAUUGGAGAUCAGAAUUCUCUGCGAGAUAUUUCUAGAUAUCGGGGACUGGGAAAUCGUGUUUAUUAUUGUGUAUAUACUGGGUUUUAGCAGUGGGAUUUAUAUGAAUAAGAUGAUAGUCAAGAUUGUCGCAGCGAGGGAGAGGAUAUGAGGGAUAAGAGAAUGGUUAGAGCUGAGAGUAGGAUGAUGUGUCGAUUAGUGUAUUUUAAGUGUGUUGUAUUAAUGAAAUAAAUCGAACA